AUGACAUUACCAACAGCAUUUGCAGAAACAACUAAACGUUCUGCUACUCAAGCAGAAUUAAGACAAAGAGUAUUGCAUUUAUACCGUAGGUAUAUGAGAUAUUCCAGAGAAAUGAGUGAUAUAUAUGAAUUGGAUAUGCCAGUGUCAAACAUCAAAACCAAGAUUAGACAAGAAUUUGAAAGACAAAGAUUCGUUAAUGAUUUAGGAGUUUCAAAUGUAUUAUAUAUGAAAGGGCAAAUGGAAUUCCAAGAAUUAGUCAAUUUCUGGAAACAACAAUGUCAUGUUUUAAGAUAUUUCGAUGAUCAAAAGAAAUAUGGAGCUGUGGAUAAGAACGAUUUUAUUAAGAAUUUCUUAAGAGGUAAUUAG